AGCAUCAUGGAUGAUGUUACCGUUCUCAAGCGACGAGGCUACAUCAUGGGGAUAAAUUUGGGAGAGGGCUCUUUCGCAAAAGUCAAAUCUGCGUACUCUGAGCGCCUGAAGUUCAAUGUGGCAGUCAAAAUCAUUGACCGCAAGAAAGCACCUGCAGACUUCUUAGAGAAAUUCCUUCCCCGGGAAAUUGAGAUCUUGAUCAUGUUAAACCACCGCUCCAUUGUCAAGACCUAUGAGAUCUUCGAGACGUCAGAGGGCAAGGUCUAUAUUAUCAUGGAGCUUGGGGUCCAGGGUGAUCUCCUGGACUUCAUCAAAAACCAGGGAGCCCUGCAUGAAGAUGAAGCUCGCAAGAAGUUCCACCAACUGUCAUCAGCUAUCAAGUACUGCCACGAUCUGGACAUUGUCCACCGAGACCUCAAAUGCGAGAACCUCCUCCUCGAUAAGGACUUCAACAUCAAACUGUCCGACUUCGGCUUCUCUAAACGCUGUCUGCGGGAUGACAGCGGCCGACUGACCCUGAGCAAGACCUUCUGUGGGUCAGCGGCAUACGCAGCUCCUGAGGUCCUGCAGGGCAUCCCCUAUCAGCCCAAGGUCUAUGACAUCUGGAGCCUGGGCGUGAUCCUCUACAUCAUGGUUUGUGGCUCCAUGCCCUACGACGACUCCAAUAUCAAGAAGAUGCUGCGCAUCCAGAAGGAGCACCGUGUCAACUUCCCUCGUUCGAAACACCUGACAAAGGAGUGCAAGGACCUCAUCUACCGCAUCUUGCAUCCAGAUGUCACCGCACGGCUGCAAAUUGAUGAGAUCCUGAGCCACUGCUGGAUGCAGCCCAAGCCCCGGGCCCUGUCCCCUGCAACUACCAGCAAGGAGCGAGGGAGCCUCCUGGGCACCAAACCUUUGCCGACCAUCGAAACGAGCUCUGAAAAGAAGUCUGUCACCCAUUUGGAGUCCCAGGAAGCACAGCACAAGAAGAUGUCAAGACCCCAGGAGGAGACCGAGGAAAAACAGGUCUCCAAGUUUGAGAAUGGGAGCCUCGCCCACACAACUGGGCAUCUGGGCGGUGACGCAUUAGAGGGGUGCUCCUCUAAGUUCCCAGAUAAACAGACCCAGUGA